AUGCUCACAGUCCGUGUGCUGCUGUCUUCGUAUCCGACACUUCUGUUUUGGGGAGCAGGAAUAAGGAACAUGAAAAACUCUUGAGAGGCUCGAGCUAUAUUUCUAUCUUUCGUGAUGAAAAGCUAGCCACAUUAAACUCCAGUCCACGAGGCUUUUAGGACCAUUCGAGGCGCACAAUCACUUUUUACUGAAAGGAAAUGAAAAUACUAGGGACCCACCACAUCUUUUAUCAAACUAUGAGAAAGAGAAUGUUCUUCUUGUUCAGUAUAAUGAACUUGGGUCCAGCAGCGGCAACACCAUCGCCUGCAGCCGCUUCCUGGUCUCAUUGCCGGGAAGAGUUCGAAAGUAAACGAGGACGACCUCAGUCCUCACAGGAACCAGUCAGCGACGCCACGACUUCUUUCGCAGACCUGUCCGGCACCUCACUCGCACAAGCUGACUCUUCUGCC